AUGCAUGGGUUGUACGUCUUCGGCCGCAGGAAACGAGUGUUAGUAGACACUGGUACGGGCGCGUCCCGGGAGCCAACGGCCGCGGCCCCGCACUCGCCGGGCGCCACGCCGCCCGCCGCCCUGCCUCACCAGGUCAGCCUACAUUCAACGACACGACACGAAAUCCUUUAUCAGGACCAUCAUCUUCAACACUUCUGUGAUCCAGGUAAGAAGAAUAAAACGUGGAAGCUGUUUCAAGAUAUGGGUACAGAUAAAUUGUGCGACAGCGAGCCGGACCGCGUGGAAGUAUACUAUUUCGAGCACGGCAGCUGCGAGUUCCUGGCGACAUGCGGCGGGGGCGGCGGCCGGCCGACGGUCGUGGAGCGGGCCGCACGCCGGUCCUCGCGCCUGGCCGCCUCGCUGCUGGCCGAGCUGCUGGCCGCGCCGCAGCUGGCGCUGGCGCUGCCGGUGGCGCUGGCGCUGCAGGUGGCACGCUGCGUGCUGGUGGGCGUGCGCGGCGCGGCGGCGGGGCUGGUGCAGACCAUGUCGGACUACGCACUGAAGCCGGCGCUGGCGCUGGCGUUCAACGCACUGCUGCAGCCGCUGCUGGUGUUCGCGGCCAACGUGUCGCGCGGGCUGCGCGCGGCGCUGCGGCCGCUGGCGGCGGCGCUGGCCGACGUGCUGGAGCCGGCCGCGCGCCUGCUGGCCGCCGUGCGCCUCGUCGACGUGCACGUCGCCUGCGCGCCGCGCGCCUAG